AUGGAUAGAGCCCACACGGGGACACGAACCAAAUUUGGGGUGAACGAAUGUCAGUCGAACACCCAAACCACAAGGCUAUCCGAUAUCGGUCUGAACGCUUUGUUCAACAGAUACACUACAUCAUAUGGCACAAUCCCCAAAUUGGCUUCGGCUUUCGCUUUCGCUUUGAACGGUAACAACCAAAUUCUCGCACACCGAUCCAAUCCUAUGUUCCAUCACUUCUCUAUUUAUGGGCCUAACUUGAACACUGAACUGACCACUGAAAAUGAUGGAAGCACUGUACAGCUGUUUGAUCCGCUAAGUGAAUCACGAGCACUGCACAUGGAUAGAGCCCACACGGGGACACGAACCAAAGUUGGGGUGAACGAAUGUCAGUCGAACACCCAAACCACAAGGCUAUCCGAUAUCGGUCUGAACGCUUUGUUCAACAGAUACACUACAUCAUAUGGCACAAUCCCCAAAUUGGCUUCGGCUUUCGCUUUCGCUUUGAACGGUAACAACCAAAUUCUCGCACACCGAUCCAAUCCUAUGUUCCAUCACUUCUCUAUUUAUGGGCCUAACUUGAACACUGAACUGACCACUGAAAAUGAUGGAAGCACUGUACAGCUGUUUGAUCCGCUAAGUGAAUCACGAGCACUGCACAUGGAUAGAGCCCACACGGGGACACGAACCAAAGUUGGGGUGAACGAAUGUCAGUCGAACACCCAAACCACAAGGCUAUCCGAUAUCGGUCUGAACGCUUUGUUCAACAGAUACACUACAUCAUAUGGCACAAUCCCCAAAUUGGCUUCGGCUUUCGCUUUCGCUUUGAACGGUAACAACCAAAUUCUCGCACACCGAUCCAAUCCUAUGUUCCAUCACUUCUCUAUUUAUGGGCCUAACUUGAACACUGAACUGACCACUGAAAAUGAUGGAAGCACUGUACAGCUGUUUGAUCCGCUAAGUGAAUCACGAGCACUGCACAUGGAUAGAGCCCACACGGGGACACGAACCAAAGUUGGGGUGAACGAAUGUCAGUCGAACACCCAAACCACAAGGCUAUCCGAUAUCGGUCUGAACGCUUUGUUCAACAGAUACACUACAUCAUAUGGCACAAUCCCCAAAUUGGCUUCGGCUUUCGCUUUCGCUUUGAACGGUAACAACCAAAUUCUCGCACACCGAUCCAAUCCUAUGUUCCAUCACUUCUCUAUUUAUGGGCCUAACUUGAACACUGAACUGACCACUGAAAAUGAUGGAAGCACUGUACAGCUGUUUGAUCCGCUAAGUGAAUCACGAGCACUGCACAUGGAUAGAGCCCACACGGGGACACGAACCAAAUUUGGGGUGAACGAAUGUCAGUCGAACACCCAAACCACAAGGCUAUCCGAUAUCGGUCUGAACGCUUUGUUCAACAGAUACACUACAUCAUAUGGCACAAUCCCCAAAUUGGCUUCGGCUUUCGCUUUCGCUUUGAACGGUAACAACCAAAUUCUCGCACACCGAUCCAAUCCUAUGUUCCAUCACUUCUCUAUUUAUGGGCCUAACUUGAACACUGAACUGACCACUGAAAAUGAUGGAAGCACUGUACAGCUGUUUGAUCCGCUAAGUGAAUCACGAGCACUGCACAUGGAUAGAGCCCACACGGGGACACGAACCAAAGUUGGGGUGAACGAAUGUCAGUCGAACACCCAAACCACAAGGCUAUCCGAUAUCGGUCUGAACGCUUUGUUCAACAGAUACACUACAUCAUAUGGCACAAUCCCCAAAUUGGCUUCGGCUUUCGCUUUCGCUUUGAACGGUAACAACCAAAUUCUCGCACACCGAUCCAAUCCUAUGUUCCAUCACUUCUCUAUUUAUGGGCCUAACUUGAACACUGAACUGACCACUGAAAAUGAUGGAAGCACUGUACAGCUGUUUGAUCCGCUAAGUGAAUCACGAGCACUGCACAUGGAUAGAGCCCACACGGGGACACGAACCAAAUUUGGGGUGAACGAAUGUCAGUCGAACACCCAAACCACAAGGCUAUCCGAUAUCGGUCUGAACGCUUUGUUCAACAGAUACACUACAUCAUAUGGCACAAUCCCCAAAUUGGCUUCGGCUUUCGCUUUCGCUUUGAACGGUAACAACCAAAUUCUCGCACACCGAUCCAAUCCUAUGUUCCAUCACUUCUCUAUUUAUGGGCCUAACUUGAACACUGAACUGACCACUGAAAAUGAUGGAAGCACUGUACAGCUGUUUGAUCCGCUAAGUGAAUCACGAGCACUGCACAUGGAUAGAGCCCACACGGGGACACGAACCAAAGUUGGGGUGAACGAAUGUCAGUCGAACACCCAAACCACAAGGCUAUCCGAUAUCGGUCUGAACGCUUUGUUCAACAGAUACACUACAUCAUAUGGCACAAUCCCCAAAUUGGCUUCGGCUUUCGCUUUCGCUUUGAACGGUAACAACCAAAUUCUCGCACACCGAUACAAUCCUAUGUUCCAUCACUUCUCUAUUUAUGGGCCUAACUUGAACACUGAACUGACCACUGAAAAUGAUGGAAGCACUGUACAGCUGUUUGAUCCGCUAAGUGAAUCACGAGCACUGCACAUGGAUAGAGCCCACACGGGGACACGAACCAAAGUUGGGGUGAACGAAUGUCAGUCGAACACCCAAACCACAAGGCUAUCCGAUAUCGGUCUGAACGCUUUGUUCAACAGAUACACUACAUCAUAUGGCACAAUCCCCAAAUUGGCUUCGGCUUUCGCUUUCGCUUUGAACGGUAACAACCAAAUUCUCGCACACCGAUCCAAUCCUAUGUUCCAUCACUUCUCUAUUUAUGGGCCUAACUUGAACACUGAACUGACCACUGAAAAUGAUGGAAGCACUGUACAGCUGUUUGAUCCGCUAAGUGAAUCACGAGCACUGCACAUGGAUAGAGCCCACACGGGGACACGAACCAAAGUUGGGGUGAACGAAUGUCAGUCGAACACCCAAACCACAAGGCUAUCCGAUAUCGGUCUGAACGCUUUGUUCAACAGAUACACUACAUCAUAUGGCACAAUCCCCAAAUUGGCUUCGGCUUUCGCUUUCGCUUUGAACGGUAACAACCAAAUUCUCGCACACCGAUCCAAUCCUAUGUUCCAUCACUUCUCUAUUUAUGGGCCUAACUUGAACACUGAACUGACCACUGAAAAUGAUGGAAGCACUGUACAGCUGUUUGAUCCGCUAAGUGAAUCACGAGCACUGCACAUGGAUAGAGCCCACACGGGGACACGAACCAAAGUUGGGGUGAACGAAUGUCAGUCGAACACCCAAACCACAAGGCUAUCCGAUAUCGGUCUGAACGCUUUGUUCAACAGAUACACUACAUCAUAUGGCACAAUCCCCAAAUUGGCUUCGGCUUUCGCUUUCGCUUUGAACGGUAACAACCAAAUUCUCGCACACCGAUCCAAUCCUAUGUUCCAUCACUUCUCUAUUUAUGGGCCUAUCUUGAACACUGAACUGACCACUGAAAAUGAUGGAAGCACUGUACAGCUGUUUGAUCCGCUAAGUGAAUCACGAGCACUGCACAUGGAUAGAGCCCACACGGGGACACGAACCAAAGUUGGGGUGAACGAAUGUCAGUCGAACACCCAAACCACAAGGCUAUCCGAUAUCGGUCUGAACGCUUUGUUCAACAGAUACACUACAUCAUAUGGCACAAUCCCCAAAUUGGCUUCGGCUUUCGCUUUCGCUUUGAACGGUAACAACCAAAUUCUCGCACACCGAUCCAAUCCUAUGUUCCAUCACUUCUCUAUUUAUGGGCCUAUCUUGAACACUGAACUGACCACUGAAAAUGAUGGAAGCACUGUACAGCUGUUUGAUCCGCUAAGUGAAUCACGAGCACUGCACAUGGAUAGAGCCCACACGGGGACACGAACCAAAGUUGGGGUGAACGAAUGUCAGUCGAACACCCAAACCACAAGGCUAUCCGAUAUCGGUCUGAACGCUUUGUUCAACAGAUACACUACAUCAUAUGGCACAAUCCCCAAAUUGGCUUCGGCUUUCGCUUUCGCUUUGAACGGUAACAACCAAAUUCUCGCACACCGAUCCAAUCCUAUGUUCCAUCACUUCUCUAUUUAUGGGCCUAUGUAA